UCCGUGGAUCCACGAGAAGUCCAAAAGAAGGAGGAAAGCGUUUCACACGAUUCGCUGAUUGAAAGUGCAUAUUUGUACAGGUGCAAAUAUCAACGCGAACAAAUUUGAUGCAGAUGGAAGAUUAUUUACGCACCCCGAUAUCGAUAUCGAUGCCUUUGAUAAAUUCGAUCGAUUUAAUUAUUGCCAAACGUCCCCUAAUUGGGCUCGUUUAAGAAUUUACGUUUUCAACUAGUUUGAUGAAAGUUGAAGAAGAAUAUUUUCGUCCCUAGAUUUCUAGGGAUCACUAGGAACUUUGGGAGUUAUAUCUGUACUCGAAAAUGGAAUGAUUAAAAGAAGAGAGAAAUUUCAAAUUUAAAUUUAAAUAUUCUCGAAUAGUUGAUAAGAAUAAUUUCCCUUUUACAGAUAUUGCGAUCGAAGUUUAACUAUAAUUAACCACGUAUGGCGAUACGGAGGAAAGAUAUAUACGCGAAUGCGUGUUUGAAAUUGCUCCGUCGAAACGAGGCUGAAACCUUUUCUUCGUUGUGAAACCUUGUGCACCUUUUAGUUAUUUUCAUCUCGUUAUAGACGCAUAAUCUUAGAUAUUUUUCUUCCACAUUUUUUUUCUUCCUGCAAGUAAUUGCAAUCGACCGCAGAAAACCUAUCUCCAAAGCAAGUUUCCGACAAGCGAAAGAAGGAGGAAAAAAUAUCACGUUGACUAAACCGCAAAAAUAUGUCGUCUCGGGGAAAAAGGGAAGGAUGGAAAAAAAAUGAAGAGAUGCCACCGUGAGUUAUUUGACGACAGUGUAGACACCGGUGGUGGCGCACGCAAGUCGAAUGGAAAGAGCGUGGUGUUGGUGCGUGCACGUGAAACAUCGGCCCCUUUGAUAUGGCAAACGAGACGCGUGGGUUGCGCGCUCGUCGACCGAAGAAUGCACCUUGUUUGCCCAGCAAAAGAGCUGAAAGUAUGCGGGAGCGUGAGAAGCGGCGGCGAGGUGUGCUGUUCCGCGGACAUGGAGGUGAGACUGCAGGCGAGGGCACGUGACAAACAUGAGAAAGCCACCAAAGAAACUCUUCAACGGUUGCACCAAGUCCUGUCCACGAGAGGGUCCAGGUUCCACAGCUUCUUCAAGGAUCUGUUCGCCAAUAGCAAGAGGGUCUUUCACGAGAUGUUUAAGAAGACUUACGGUACCCUCUACGAGCAGAACGCGUACGUGUUCACGGACUUGUUCAAGGAAUUGGAGAAUUAUUACGCGAAGGGAACGGUCGAUCUGGACGACACGAUGGACAAUUUCUUCAACACCCUGUAUCAAAAGAUGUUCACCGUGUUGAACAGUCAGUACAAUUUCGACAAUAAAUACAUGGAAUGCGUGGGUGAGCACAUGAAAGAGAUCAGGCCGUUCGGCGACGCCCCGCAGAAACUCGGGGUACAGAUCAAGAGAUCGUUCGUUGCGACGAGGGCUUUCAGCCAGGCCCUGACCGUGGCCGCCGACGUCUUGAAGAACAUGCAAUCGUUGAAGCCAUCGGCGGAGUGCGCAGCUGCUCUCACGAGGAUGACCGUCUGCCCUUCGUGCAGCGGGAUAGCCGGCAACGUGUUGGCGUGCGGCGACAUGUGCGCCAACGUGAUGAAGGGUUGCCUUGCCCAGCAUGCGGCUCUGGACACUGAAUGGAAUCACUUCGUCGAGGCCGUGGACAAAGUGGCGGACCGAUUGUUGGGCCCUUUCAACAUCGAGAUGCUGGUACGGCCGCUCAACUUGAAAAUCUCGGAGGCGAUCAUGAACUUUCAGGAGAACAGCAACGACGUCUCCCAAAGGGUGUUCACCGGCUGCGGCCGGCCCGUGUUGGGGAGGCGUAGGCGUCGGGACAAUCGGGAAUUGGAACUCGAGUCGUUGAAUUUCGACCAGGACACGUUGACGGACGAUCGCGUCUCGGCCGCGGCUAUCCUCGACAAAUUGGUGAAGGAGACGCGGCAGAGAGUCAGGGAUUCGAGGCAAUUUUGGGUUUACCUACCUUACAAGAUUUGCAACGACGGCCUCGUCGUGCCUCCUAGCAACACCAAGGAAUGCUGGAACGGCACGCACGUCGACAAAUAUAUUUAUCCGGUUUCGUCCAAUGGCGAGGAUCAGAAAUUGAAUCCAGAAGUGCUUAGCACGGGAUCAAGGCCGACAAUUGUCAGGGACCAGGUGUUCGCGUUGACCACCAUCACGAAUAGACUGAAAUCCGCUUACAACGGGCAGGACGUUGAUUGGAUAGAUACAGAGGACACGGAGUGGAACGGUUCCGGAAGCGGAUCCGGGGACAACACGGACCAGGAUCCGAUCACGGACGACGAGGACGGUUUCAAGGAGGGUUCCGGUUACGAGCCCAAGUAUUCGCCCUCGGAGACCCCGAAACCACCUCCCGUUCAUCCGGAAGCUGUACCCCCGAGGGUGGAAGUGGACCAGAAGACGGGCGUCACCUCCAACAACAACGAGGACGACAACAACAACGGCAACAACAACAGCAACAACAACAACAACAACAACAACAACAACAACGGCACGUCGAGCGUGGACAGCGGGGCGAGCAGACAGAAGAUAUCCCUGUCGCGCGCUCUGACGACGUACCUCGUGCCCAUAGUGGUGAUGUGGUUCGGUGGCUGCCUCACCGAGUGGCUGUGAUCGUUCGGAAAGAACGUGCAAAGGGACGUAGGAUGUAAAUAGGAUUAUUGCUUUGAGAGAGAAAAAAGAGAAAAAAAAGAAAAAAAAAAAGAAGAACUGUACCAGCUCCCCUUCCCCUUCCUCGAUUGGUCGGGAAGAAAUGGCGGCCUCGGUCGAGAGAACGUCGCCUUUUCCAAAUGCGAUGCGUGUUUUUUUCUUUCUUUCUUUCUUUCUUUCUUUUUCCUUUAUCCCUGCCCCCCUUUUUUACGAAAAAUACGCAUCCCCGUCGUUUCGAGCGAAUCCACUGGAUGGGGGAGGAAAGUGGACCAGUGGGAUCGUAUCAGAUCAUCUCGCUGUCGCUCCUUUUCCGGAGGAGGAGAUUGGUUGGAAAAAAAAGGAAGAAAAAGACUUUUUCACGGAUUGACGAGCGUGCCUUGCCAUCCGACGAGUGGCAUGAUCGGCUCGAGGAGGUGUUUGUUGCAUUUUCUUUUUUCUUUUCCUUUCUCUUCCCCCUCCCUUUUGGAGUUCCUACGCUUUCUCGCGCCACUGUCUCUGCGCCACAAGGAGAGAACUCGCGGAGAGAGAAAGAUUAAGAUUCUAUAUCGGGUUUUCGAAAUCUUGCUUCUAAUUUGUCCGCAUCUUCGACGAAGAUUCUAUUUUUCCUAGAUUUUUCUUUUCUCGGAGCGAGAGCGAGAAAGUGUUAAGUUUGUUCUCGUUCUCGAAAAUGGAAAAUUCGAGGGUGGCAGUGGCGUGGGGAAUGAACCGGGGGGAGGGGAGGGGAGGGGAGGGGGGCUGAAAACGAAUGGCCUUGAAAACGUUAAAGGAGAAACAAGAAAGAAAAAAGGACUGAUUAUCGAGCGUCGUGUUUCCCUUCCCAGCUGCUCUUUCCUGGAAACGGUACGAAAGAUUUAUAGCUACUACUAAGGGAGAAAGAAUCGAUUAGAAUGGUUAGGUUUUUCGAUGACAAACGAGACAUUAAAACGUUUGUGUUUUUUUUUUUUUUUUUUUUUUUUUUUUUAAGUAGUAAGGAAAGAGGAAAGGAGAGGAAAAAAAAAAGAUGGACCUGUUUUCAUCCGAGGAGAAUAAUAUCGAUAUUAUUUUUUGACUCGAGAACCGUCUCUCUUGUUGAUCAGUGUUGUUUUGAGGAGUUGAGUGAAUGAGGAUUUGAACGAAGGAUUUUUGUGGUGAAUGAAAGAUAAUGAGAUAUUGGGACGAUGAGUGACGUGUGAUAAAAACUCG